AUGGAGAAGCCACCAGGAGCCAGGUGCAGCAAUGGGUUUCCCGAGCUAGAACCACCGCGGUCAGAACCGAGUCGGCCAGUGGAGAUGUCCCCACAACUCAAGGCUAAGAGCUCGCAGACCGCCGACUCCUGGAAGGAUGAGCGGCCCCAGAAGGAGGAGGAUAACGAGCUGAACCUCCCCAACCUGGCAGCUGCCUACUCGUCCAUCCUGCGCUCGCUGGGCGAGGACCCCCAGCGGCAAGGGCUGCUCAAGACGCCGUGGAGGGCGGCCACGGCCAUGCAGUUCUUCACCAAGGGCUACCGGGAGACCAUCUCAGAUGUCCUAAAUGAUGCUAUAUUUGAUGAAGAUCAUGAUGAGAUGGUGAUUGUGAAAGACAUAGACAUGUUUUCCAUGUGUGAACACCAUCUAGUUCCAUUUUUUGGAAAGGUCCAUAUUGGUUAUCUUCCCAACAAGAAAGUCCUGGGCCUCAGUAAGCUUGCGAGGAUUGUGGAAAUCUAUAGUAGAAGAUUGCAAGUUCAGGAGCGCCUUACAAAACAAAUUGCUGUGGCCAUCACAGAAACCUUGAGACCUGCUGGAGUCGCAGUGGUGGUUGAAGCAACACACAUGUGUAUGGUGAUGCGCGGCGUACAGAAAAUGAACAGCAAAACUGUGACCAGCACAAUGCUGGGCGUGUUCCGGGAAGACCCAAAGACACGGGAAGAGUUUCUCACCCUCGUUAGGAGCUGAGCUACGGUGUAUGCCGUGCGCUUGGCAGACCCACUGCUGGUGCCAUUGUUAGUCUGGUCUGAGUUGUUUGUACAGUUCGUUUUCAAUUGUUACAUAUGUGAACUUUCUUCCUUGUCACUAGCUGUGUUUAAGCAUUAUUUAUAGCAAGUCAGAUAAA